AUGGCCCUCUUAUUUAUCAAGCAAAAACUAUUUCCAGAGAGACGUGUGAAAUCCACGCAACCAAACUACAGGAAACCGUUGCUCGCGACAGAGGAAGAAGACGACUCUGCUACCAUCACAAACAGCAGCAACGGAAGCAUGGAUCAGGACAUAGAAGGCCAACGAUCUAGAUCAUAUGGAUCGUUCCGCGAUUCUUCGCCAUCACCCUCCAACUACGAUGCUGAAAGCACUGGCAGCGGUAGCGCGCGGGCUCGUAUCGAUCCCCGUAUCGUCUCGGAUGCUAUUUUAGGUCUUUCGGACGGUCUGACAGUCCCCUUCGCCUUGAGUGCUGGUCUCUCAGCGUUGGGAAACACAAAGGUUGUUGUGCUCGGUGGGCUAGCAGAGCUAGCGGCAGGCGCAAUCUCUAUGGGUUUAGGAGGAUACGUUGGAGCGAAGAGUGAAGCAGAGUCCUACCAGACCACCGUCCGCGAAACCGAAGACCUCAUCGACUCAUCACCCUCUGAAACACAAGCCAUAGUUUACGACAUUUUCUCGUCGCACGGUGUCCCCGAGGAUGCAAUCGCCCCUAUCAACACCUCCUUACACGCCUCCCCAGACCGACUCCGCGAAUUCCUCAUUACCUUCCACCACAAAGAAUCUGAACCAGACUGCAACCAGGCCUGGACAAGCGCGAUCACUCUAGCCCUAGGAUACUUCAUUGGCGGGUUCAUCCCGCUUGUUCCGUAUUUCUUUGUCAAGCAUGUGAUCUUCGCGCUGUACUGCAGCAUUGCGGUUAUGGCUGUCACGUUGUUCGUUUUUGGCUAUAUCAAGACGGGCGUUGUACGAGGUUGGCAGGGCAGUGAGAAUAUCUUUGCUGGAAUCAAAGGAGGAAUCCAGAUGGUUGUCGUUGGAGGUGUCGCUGCUGGCGCGGCAAUUGGACUGGUGCGGUUGAUAAACGGAGAGUCAUAA